AUGGACCCCUAUUCCCCCGAAGGAGAGCUCAUCAACAUCCACUCGGCCUUCCACGCCGGGGCCUACCAACAAGUUCUCGACUUCGACACCUCGUCCUUUUCGGCCUCCAAUGCGCUUCCCGUCCGUGUCCUAAAACUUCGCAGCCAAAUUGCUCUCGGCCAGGCAGAAUCCGUUUCCAGCGAACUCGCAUCCGAGAAGACACCCGAUCUCGUCGCGGUGAAGUUGCUGGCAGACUACGAGCAAGGCAAAGAUGUUCUUAGCCAGGCAAAGAAGUUGGCGGAGCAGAGUGGACAGGAGAAUCUGGCUGUGCAACUUUGUGUGGGCAUAAUCCUGGAGAGGGCAGGAGAGACGGAGGCUGCGCUGGAACUCUUGAGCAAGCACCAAGGCAGCUUGGAUGCGGUAGCGCUCAUUGUCCAAAUCCACCUCCAACAGAACCGCACCGACCUUGCUGCCAAGGAAGCACAGCGUGCACGGAAAUGGGCGCAGGAUAGCCUGCUGGUCAACAUUGCUGAGAGCUGGGUUGGCAUGCGCGAGGGCGGCGAGAAAUACCAGUCGGCGUUCUACGUCUUCGAAGAACUAGCUACAACCGCGCAAUCGACCUCUCCUCACUCUCUCGUUGCGCAAGCAGUGUCAGAACUACAUCUCGGCCGCCUACCCGAAGCCGAAGCUGCUUUACAACAAGCCAUCUCCAUUGACGGUACCUCUGCCGACACAAUCGCCAACCUCAUUGUCCUCAACACACUGCUAGGCAAGAAGGAUGAAACAGAAAAGAUGAAGACACAACUUCAAUCCGUAGCCCCACAACACCGAGCGAUAGCAGACUGGGCUAGUAAGAAGGAUGAGUUUGCCAAGGCGGCGGCCAAGUACACUCCGCAGUUUGAACCUGUUUCGUAG